AAAUCUCAGGAUGAGAAGCGGUUUUAUGACUCUCCAAGUCCAUUUGAUGCGUGGGAAAGAAGAUUGAACUUUGAAAGUGGCGAGGUUAGACUAGCGCGAUCGACCGAUCCUCUCUUCGAAUCUCUCAAUUUCCUCACCGGUAAACUCUGUUGACUUCUAAUUUUUCGAAAACCCAGGAUAUUCAUGGACUAAGAAGCGCUGAUUGAUCUGGGACUGAUCCAGAGAGCGAUGUUCCGAGCCUCACCGCCCACGUGGCAGUCUGCCAUUCUCAGCAACAUCAUCUUUUUGAUGGUGGGUAGCCCAGUUCUGGUCACUGGGCUGUCUUUUUCAGGCAUAGUGGCUGCUUUCAUGCUCGGAGUUCUCACCUGGCGCGCUUUUGGACCCUCUGGCUUUCUUCUCCUGGCAACAUAUUUCGUAAUUGGCACAGGAGUGACUAAAGUGAAAAUGGCAGAGAAGGAAGCUGAGGGUGUUGCAGAGAAGAGGAAAGGAAGAAGAGGACCAGGGAGUGUGAUUGGUUCCAGUGCGGCUGGUUGCAUUUGUUCUUUCCUGACAAUUAACAGGAUUGGUGGGGACGUAUUCUCCCGGUUAUGGGACCUUGGUUUUGUAGCUAGUUUCUGCACUAAGUUGAGUGAUACCGUCUCAAGUGAGAUAGGGAAGGCAUAUGGUAAAACCACAUACCUCAUUCCAACGUUGAGGGUAGUUCCAAGGGGAACAGAAGGGGGUAUAAGUGUUGAAGGGACUUUUGCUGGACUUUUAGCUUCAGUUAUUCUUGCUUCUGUUUCUUGUAUAAUGGGUCAGAUAGAUAAAGCUGAAGCAGUUAUCUGUGUGGUGGCCUCCCAGAUAGCCAACUUAAUUGAAAGUUUGGUAGGUGCCACAUUACAGGAGAAAGAAGGGUUUCGAUGGCUAAACAAUGAUGCUGUGAAUAUAAUCAACAUAAUAAUGGGCAGCAUUUUUGCAAUCCUAAUGCAACAAAUGAUGCUCCAAAGAAGCAAUGAUUAGACAGUGUACAGAAACACUUUGGUUCUUCUAAGAAGAAAUGUUUGAGGGUUCUCUCUCUCUCGUGGAAAAGAACUGAUUUUUUUGUGUAUUUGGUAAGUAAAAUUACACUAUCAGAUUACAUACAAGUCUUCUUAAUGGGGAAUUAUUUCUAGUUUAUAGUUUUAUACUUGUAACAUAUGCAAGCUUUGUUAAAUUAACUAAAACUCAACAGUGCAGCUCUCUUUCAUUUAUAUUUGCAACAGUGUAUGAACAAAAAAUCUUUGUGCUAUAGUUUUGUCUUGGUGUGGAC